GGCGCUGAACGCCAGACAGAGCCCAGCCAGCGAGCCCGCGGGCGCGGCGGGCACUGCCACCCGAGAGCGAGGACCGACAGAGACGCACGCUAGAGAGAGAGAGAGAGAGAGAGAGAGAGAGAGAGAGAGAGAGACGAGCCCCGAGCUGAGAGGCAGGACAUUCGGAGGACGCCAGAGCGCACGGGCCGACAUGAAGUCCAACCAGGAGCGCAGCAACGAAUGCCUGCCCCCGAAGAAGCGCGAGAUCCUGGCCAGCAACCUGCCCCACGAGGAGAAGCCGCUGGCGGUGGGGCCCGCGUGCGAGAGCCAGCGGGGCGAGAACCUGGCCUGGCUCGCCAGUGUGGCCAGCGGGCAUGACGGCGGCGGGCAGCGCACCGGCACGCCCACGGGGGCCGACGUGGCCCUGUACAAAGCCUUCUCCGCCGCGACCGAGUACUCAUCCUCCUCUUCCUCGUCCUCUUCGUCGCGGACAGCGGCGGCGACGACGCUCCCCGCGGCCUACGCCUCCACGGCCCUCUCGCAGCCCGGCGGGACCAUCCAGUACACCCAGCUCCCCUCCAGCCUGCACUUCAUCAGCUCGUCCUACGCGGCGCCCUACGCCGGCUACAUCUCCUCCCAGCUCGUCUCCCCUGCCUCCGGCCCCGCCCCUGCCCCGGUGGCCCCGCCCCAGCGCCCGGCCCCGGAGGCGUACGCUGGCGCUGUCGUCUCGCAGGCCUCUAAGGCGGAGCAGCAGCAGCAGCAGCAGCAUCAGCAUCGCCACCCGCUGGUGGGCUCGCCGGGCCUGGCGGGAGAGGGCGUGGCCCAGCCCGCCGGCCAGUACGUGCAGAUCGCCGGCUCCGCCCUGAGCGCGGCCCCGCCCCACGGCCACCUCCCGCUGCACCUCCACCCCCACGCCCUGGCCCUCGGCGCCCCCUCGCAGGUGCUGCUGCAGUACGCGGACGGGCCGGCCGCCAAAAAGGAGGAGGGGCGGUCCCGGGAGGUGCUGAACGGGGAGCUGGAGAAGGGCCGGCGUUACGGCCUGCCCCCGGAGCUGUCCCUGAUGGGCAAGCAGAGCGCGGCCUCCAGACAGCAGCAGCAGCAGCAGCAGCACUAUGAGGCCCGGCACAUCGUGCUCCCCGCCGACCACACACAGGAAACCUCAGGGCUUCGGACCUCACUGAUGCUGCUGCCCAACAGCCACGCCGACUCGGUCAGCGGGCCCCGGUCGCCCCCCUCCGCGGCCCACGGUGAGAAGGGCGCCCCCGGCCAGGGCAAGCCCGGCUCCCGGGCCUCCCCCUUCGCCUUCCCGGCCCCGCAGCAGACGGGCGCGGCGGUCACCACGCUCUCCCCGCACACCGUCAUCCAGACCACUCACAGCGCCACCGAGCAGCUCUCCGUGGGCCUCCCCUCGGCGGGCUUCUACCCGGCCGCCGGCCAGCCGCCCAUCAUCGGCUACAUCGCGGGGGGCGGGCAGCAGCAGCCGGUCGGCUACCACGCCGGCCAGCUGGUGAUCCCCAGCGGCCAGCCUGUGAUCAUCCCCGUCAGCGGGGGCGGGGCUGGGGGGGCGGAGCCCGCACACGUGGCCGCCGCCGCCGUCGCCUCCUCGUCCUCCCAGCAGCUGGUGACCGCCGCCCUCGCCAAGUGUGAGCCGUUCCAGGCGCCGGCGCCCUACCAUACGGCCGCCGUGGUGCAGGCCCAGGUGCACCUGCCCGUCGCCCCAGCGACCACCGCCGGCUCCAUGGCCUCGCCCCCGCCCGGCCCCGCCCCCGCCCUGCCGCCCUACUUCAUGAAGGGCUCCAUCAUCCAGCUGGCGGACGGCGAGCUCAAGCGCGUGGAGGACCUGAAGACCGAGGACUUCAUCCAGAGCGCCGACAUCAGCAGCGAGCUCAAGAUCGACUCCAGCACCGUGGAGCGCAUCGACGGCAGCCCCACGCCCAACUUCGCCAUCAUCCAGUUCGCCGUCGGAGAGCAUCGGGCGCAGGUCAGUGUGGAGGUGCUGGUGGAGUACCCAUUCUUCGUUUUCGGGCAGGGCUGGUCGUCCUGCUGCCCGGACAGGACCACCCAGCUGUUCGAGCUGCCCUGCUCCAAGCUGUCAGUGGGCGACGUCUGCAUCUCCCUCACCCUGAAGAACCUGAAGAACGGCUCCCUGAAGAAGGGCCAGGCCCUGGACGCCGCGGGCGGGAACGGCGGCCUCCUGCUGAAGCCCCCCAAAGCCGGCAGAGGGGGGCGCUACAGGGAGCAGGAGAACGGACUGGGGCAGCAGGCGUCGGGCGCGGGAGGCGGGGGCGGCGGCGGGGGCGGGGGCGGGGGCGGCGGCGGAUGCGGGAGCAGGGGCGCGCAGGCCGCCUCCGAGAACGGGGAACUGAGGCUCGAGCCCUGCUGGCCCCUGGCCCCCAAGACAGAGCCUGGCGGCGCGAGCAAGCCCGCAGGCCGCAAGAGGAGGUGGUCGGCCCCCGAGAGCCGCAAGGUGGAGCGGUCAGCGGAGGAGGAGCCAACCUUGACUCUGCCCAAACUCUCUUUCAUCCCUCAGGAGGUUAAGAUUUGCAUUGAAGGCAGGUCCAGUAUAGGCAAGUGAAAGCUCUUGGGACUCCUCCUAACCUGGGGGGAGGGGGUGAAAAUCGAAUGACAAAUGGCCCCUCAUCGUUCAUUUGAUUUUACUUUUCUAUUUUUUAUUUUGAAAUUUUAUUUUAUUUUUUUUGUUUCCUAUCCGGAUUACUGUACUGUAGGCUAAAUUUACCCAGUAUUUACAUGUUAUCAUCUUACGUUAGAGGGAUAGGCAUAUAUCGGUAAGAAUAUGGGGCGUCUGAGCACUGCUUGACUCGUGAUUGGAUGGCAUGUGCCCUCCAUCUGUCCACCCUGCUAGCGUAGCGUCCCGCGCAAGGAACGGGACAAAGCAGUCGUGCUGCCCCGUGUGUUCGGGUUGCGGAGGAAAUGAGGCGCAACAAAGAACGCGGACCAGACCGAAGGAGCGAAUUCAGACUGUCACGGAGCUCCGCCGAUGGCAACAAGGUCAAGUGACAGGCUUGAUCCUGUGACCGUCUCUGGCCAGGGCCCGCAGACCGCGAUCGGAAUCAGCGGGGUGGAGCACGGAGGCCGCAGGGCAGGGUAGCUCCUCCGUGGCUCGUUUCCGCGGUAGCAGGGCCACGGGUGGCGAGGAGGUCGGAGGGGACCGAUGUCACUUUAGCCAUUCUGCGUGCGCUUUCUCGUUUUCCAGCGAGCCGCGAUUUGUCCCUCUUUGACCACGUCUUAUAGACACCCUAACUGCUCACGACCCUCUGCCAUCUUGAUGUGGAGCCUGUGGAUGACUCAGACGAAGCUUUAGUUUUAAAGACGUAAAGAUGGCUGCCAGUCAGAGCUGGAAGAAUGUAAGUUCUGUGCCAGAUCUGCCUGAGUUCAAGGCAGGUGGCAUGUUAGAGACGUGUUUUGAGUGGGCCAAGACCCCACGCAGCUCUGAUACGCGCGUGCACAGCCUGGUAUUGGAGUCAGAAAGUCACUUUAAAGGGAAGUAGACCCAAUAUGAUUGUUGUCAAUGAUCUUUUAGGUGCAAUAUGUUUACACGACCUUCGUUUAUGUGCUGAGGCUGAUCCUGAAUCAGCAAACUCUGUUGCUCCAUCAGAGGCAGCACUGGAGAUGUCUCUGUAGAGAGCGCAUCAGUCGAAUAUGUUAUGAUCAUACCAUGAGAUCGGCAGUUACUAAAAAACUACAAUUGCCAUCUCUCCCUCUAGAUUUGCAGCCAAGUCUACAGUCAGCUGAAGACAAAAAGAAGCCCCAGCUGUACUGAGGGGAUUAAAGUAGCUUUGGGGCGCAAGGCUAUUGAAAAUUUUAACUGCCUGAAUGGCCAGAUAGUUCAGUGUCACCCUCUCUGAAGGGACAGCGAUCGGGAAGCGUCCUUUCAGAAACUCACUGCUUUGGGUGUUAAUUUGCACAGAUUAACUGAUUAAAAUUUUCCGAAAUAUGUAUACCCUUACGCGAAAAAGAACAUCAUGCACAUGAAGACGACAGUUCAAAAUACAAGGAGUGUCUAAAGUCUGUCGUAUAUUCAAAACGUAACUGUUGCAACUUGUUCGUACACGUUCCAUGCUAUACGCUCACAUUUUAUCAUGUAUUAAGAAAUUAUGCACGUGCAUAGAACUGCACGCAAAAAUGUAAGCAUGGAACUAGUAUGUACACAGAGGCAGUAAAUGUUACAUUUUGAAUUAUGUGAUGUAUUUCUCGAAAGACAAAAAUAGACUAAUGGCGCUGUUUCAUAAGGGUAGGAAGUGUUCUUUGUUGGGAUUUGUUGUGAGGGUCAGAUUCCGUAUGGGUCUGUUUUCCUGUGAGAAAAAGCAGGCAUCGCGUUACAUCACACUAACAAUGAUACUGCCUCCUCAUUGUUACCUAUACUUCCUAUGUGGUGAAAAGUUGGAUCCACUAGCCAAUGUGGCGCUACCACAGAUGUUCUAUGUAUGGACCAGAUAUUCAGCUGCCGGUGCUUCACAUUGAAAGUUCCCUCCCUGGCAUUGUUGAAGAUAAGUGUUCUGAUUUGUUGGCUCUUAAUUAAUAUUCUUGUGGGGGUGUAUGUUUAAAAAAGAUCAUCUAUUGCUAGCAUAGCAGUGCAGGCUACACCAGAACUUCCAGGUUUAGGAAGCCACAUAUCUGGUUAAAAUAUUGAGUAUCUGUGGUAGCUGACUCCCAGACCCAUUAGGUGAUGUCAUCAAGCAGUGCUAGUCGUCCCUGGAGAAUGAGAGGGAACUUUUUUCAAUAGGUGGAUCUGCUUCACGUAUUUAAC